GGGGGGCGUGGCCAAGCAGGGGGCGCGGCGGCGGCGGCGGCAAUAGCGGAGGCUGUAGUUCUGAGGCGGGUCUCGCGGCUCUUCUCGCGGCCGGGCAGCCCCCAUCUCCAUUUCCUGAUGUCAGGUGGCCUUCAAUUUCUGGAUGAUCACAGCCAGAUUUUCCUCGUGAGAGCUCCCGCCUUUCCUGUGCCCAUCUUGUUCAAGGCUGUAGCAAAAUAGAUCAUUGUUCAGACUCUUUAGGUGCCAUCCCUGACGUGGGUAGCCUUGUCUGCUCUUCCUGAACCUCCUCAUCUCUGAGAAGAUUGCCCAUCCAUCCAGUUUCCAGCAGAACUGGCCAAAGCAUCUUGCUUUCAAGAUAUGGAUCAAAAGCUUUCUCAGUUGGUAGAGGACCUCACCACUUCAGGAGAACCACAACUGGAUCCUGAAAAAAUGAAGGAAGUGAAGAAAAUCUGCAAAUCUUCAGAGGAGCAUAUCAGUCAUGCUUACCAUUUACUCAUGACUCAGUUGAAUCAAGAACAUGCUGAGAUACGUUUCUCAGCUUUUCAGAUUGUGGAUGAGCUCUUUACCAGGUCACAUCACUUUCGGACACUAAUUAUUUCCAACUUCCAAGAAUUCCUGGAACUCACAGUGGAAACAGACUAUGAACAGCCUCUUCCACCCCCAAAAGAAGUAGCCCAGAAACUGAAGAAAGCUGCUCUCAAAUCUGUUACAGAAUGGAAUGAGAAAUAUGGAGAUGCCUACAAAAAGCUUUCUCUUGGAUAUCAUUUCUUAAAACAUAACAAAAAGGUGGAUUUUCAAGAUGUUAGCGCCAGGACUUUGGCUGAAAGAAAAAGGGAUGAGGAGAAGCAAAAACGGUUAGACAACAUCUAUAAAGAAAGGGCGAAAAGAAUGGAAAAAGAAAUGCAAGAAAUGUCUGAAGAAAUUGAAAUGUGCCUAACAGAGAUGGAGAAUUGCUUCAGACUGUUAAUGCCCUUUGAUUUUACCAUGAGAGACGUGGAGGUAGGAGCGGCGGCAGCUGGAGCUCCUCAGGCAGACAGAGAAACCUCGGUAGCAGUUUUAAACGGCGCAAUCAUGUGCCCAGCAUCUGGUUUGAGGCCUGAUGACCAGGAGCAGCCUUGUUGCAGCAAAGACUUACUUCCUCCAUCUCUCUGCCUGAAAGAGGGUGGAAACAGAGAUUGGCCAAUGAGGUCGAGACCUCCAGAGCCAAAGGAGGUGGAUCACAGGGAAUGUGCAGAAGAAGAUGAUUCUGAUGAUGAUGAUGAGGAGGAGGAGGAUGAUGACGAUGACUACAAUGAUGAUGACGAUGACGAUGAUGACUACGACGACGACGAUGAUGAUGAUGAUGGGGUUGGGGAUGGGGAAGACUUUAUAAGAAGCCAUGGUCUUGGCUCACAUAAGUACUCCCUGAACUUGGAAGUCCCUACAGAUUUGCAAGUACACGAGAACGAAGAUAACAGGGCUGUGGUCAACAGUGCCAUGGAUGGCCUUAAGCUCAUUAAAAACAAGUUCCUGCCCUCUGUUCAGUCAUGGAUUCAGCUGUUUACUCGAGCAGGGAUUCAUGAUGAACGUUUGAAACAUGCUGUUGAUCUUAAGAAGAAAUUAGAAAUUGCUGUUGGAAAAUAUAAGGAAAUGAACAUUGAACCUGAAGGAAGAAAAAGGAAAAUGAGGCAAGCCUUAGAUGCCGACUCCGAUGAAGAUGAAGAUGAAGCGGAUUUUGUGGAGGUGCCCGAGAAGGAAGGUUAUGAGCCCCACAUUCCAGACCACCUGCGGAAGGAGUAUGGGCUGGAGCCCCUGUCACAUCCAUCAGCCCCGAGGAAAGGAGGAGGAAUGAAGUCAGGAGGUUUCAGCUCAGCUGCUAAGCCAAGACCCAAUGAAGAAGAAUUGGACCCAACCUGUGCUGCAGCUACCCUGAGGGUGCUCCGAGACCGGCUCCCCAAGUUUUCUCCUCUGUCCAGCAGUGUAUCAGGAAGUGCCCCAGAAGCUUCUAUGGGAGAGGCUGAUGACAGCAAGGCAAGGAAGUUGGCAGAAGAGCGGGCAAGAGCACCUGUGAUGCCAUUUGGGAUGGACCUUUACUACUGGGGGGAGGAGCAGCCGACAGCUGGGAAGAUCCUUAAAUUUGGUUCCCAGCAUCGGUUCUGGAAACCAAAUGAGACAGAAGAGGAAGUGGAAAGUACAGAAAUUGCUGAGAUGCUGAAGAGCCGCUACAUCACCUUUGCUGGCAAGUUUGAGCCUGUGAAGCACAAGUGUGGGGCCCUGAUGCCCAAUGGGAGCCUCUGUGAGAGGCAGGAUCGGCUGAAGUGCCCAUUCCAUGGGAAAAUCAUUCCCCGGGAUGAGUGUGGAAAUCCUAUCAACCCAGAAGACAAAGCCAGAGAGGAAAAGAAGAAAUUUGAGAAGCAAGCACAGCACCCAGAGUGGCAAGAUGUGGAGUUUAUGAAGGAAGUUGAAGCAGCUACAGGAGUGGACCUUGGCUCUGCCAGGUAUAGUAAAAAAGGAACAGAGGGGAAAAGCAAAGGAAAGAAAAAGAAGUACCCAAAUCUGACUGACCUGAAGCAGCAAGUCAAUACGUCCCGGGCGAGGAUUGGAAAAAAGGUGUUUGACAAAGGAGCAGUGAAAAGGGUGAUAAAGGCUAUGAAUCGUAUGGACCAGAAGAAGCAUGAGAAGUUUGCCAACCAGUUUAACUAUGCAUUAAAUUAAGUUGUUUCCAUACUUAUCCCUGGGGAGAGGACACAACACUCAUGGGACUGGAACUAAGUGUCUCACACCACAUGGGCUCUGCCCUGUCUUUCCCAACCAGCGUAUCAGCUUGUUCCAUCUGUUAACUCUUUGACAUCGGAUGAUGAACAUUGCCAGACACAACCGUGUGUAUUUAACAUCAGCUGGCAACUACUUGGACUUGACACUAAACAGAAUGAGCUUAAUGGAAUGUCCUGUACAUAUUCUAAUUAAAAUUCUUGGGGCUUCUCCUCACUCAGGGGCUGAUGCCGUUGACUCUGCCAGUCUUUGGGGCCUGGGCUAGGCAGUUAAGCUCCAUCAAGUGUGUGGAUGUCCAUCGAUGUCAGCCCCCAGCUGAAGUUCUUUAAACCCUGCCCAUCACAGUGGGUACAGUCCCUGGUGCUACCCUGUGCUUGGGCUAUGCCAAGCAUGGCAUGGAGAGGGACUGCCAGCUUUUAAAGGGGUGCACUGGAAAUAAUUUAGACUGGCUACAUCAGUUUUGAGUUAGUAUUGGGGCUGGGCUGAAAUUAAUUUGUAUUAUAUUACACAGGACCACAUUUGUCACUGUGAUGCUCUUUGUAACUUUCCUGAGCCUUACAUGAAUUUUAAAUUAUUGUUUGUAAUAAUAAUUAUUAGUAUCAACUGUUAUAAUUAAAAAAACCUAUGGUUAACAUGACUUUCUCAUUGUACAUAAUGCAUAGAAAGUGCUCUUAGGCAGCAUCAUGUUAUAGCAUGAGUCAUGGAAGGCAGGAGAUUUGGGUUCCAAACCAGCUCUACAACUAACUUACUAUGUGAUCUUGGAUAAAUUGCUUCCCUUCUGUGGGCCUCAGUUUCCCCAUCUGUAAAAUGAAGGGACUUGAUGGUCUCUUAAAGUCACUUCCACUUCUGUCAUCCUGUGUGGGAAAAGUACUCUGUGAACCUUAAAGCACCAGAG